AUGGAACCCAUAGCUAUUUCAACAAAAUUACUCUCUACAAAAAAAGGAAAAGAAUGUUUAGUUGUAGAUGAUUACCCACACCGUUUACACCGAAAAAAUAAAUUAGGAAUGAGUUGGGUAUAUGUAAAAGAAAAGACACAUCAUUGUAAAGGAAAUGUGAAGACAAAUUUUCAGUACGAAGUACUGAAGAAAACUGAACAUUCCUGCCCGCCCAACGUUGCUGAGAUCGAAGUUAAAAGGAAGUUAGAGACUUGCAGAAAAAGAGUCCGAGAAGAAACAUCAGUUCCCGUUCGCCAGAUAUUUCAAGAAGAACUUUCAGAAUUAUAUCAGAAAGGUUAUGAUUUCGUUGCUAAAAUACCGACAUACUCCAAUGCCAAAACUGCUUUAUGUAAGGAGAGGAGAAAGGCUUUGGGAGCUACUCAAAAUGCCAAUGACAUUCAGUUUGGAAACGAUACACUUUUGCUUUCUAAUGGAGAAAACUUUCUUCGCUUAGACUUUCAAAAUGACCAAGGUAACAGGAUUUUAGUAUUUGGAGGAGAAGAAUCUCUGUACCUUUUGGAAAAUGGAAAGACUUUUUUCUUAGAUGGAACAUUUAAAAGUUGUCCGAAACAAUUUGCUCAAAUAUAUACAAUACACGUCGAUUUAAGGAGUACAGUAACUGAGACCAACGUUUACCCAGAGCUUUUUGCAUUUCUGCCUGAUAAGAGACAAGCAACUUACAUUGCAAUGCUUCAGGAAGUGAAACGUUGGUGCCCUAAGUGGAAGCCGGACAUUAUAAAAUUGGAUUUUGAAGUCGCAGCCAUCAAUAGUUGUAUGUUAGAAUUUCCCAGUUCGACUAUUUCCGGUUGUAACUUUCAUUUUAAUCAAUGUUUGUGGUGUAAGAUACAAGAAGUGGGUCUAGUAAAGGAAUAUAAAGAGAACGAUUUCUGCAUUAGCUUACUUGCCAAUGGAACACAUAGAUGA